AUGGCCGUUCCAACCGUCCCCGCGUCGCAGUGGUCCGCGCUGCUGUACGCGCCUCCUUCGACGCCAGCGAACCCCUCCGUCGACGCUCUCUCAAAGAUGCAGCUCGACGACCUCCACUACUCCAGACAGAUGCUUCUCUGCCGAGGCUCGGGCUACUCCUUCGAACAGUGCAAACGCAUGGCGCAGCCUGACGCGCGAGUGACUCCUGAGAAUCCCGCGGAGCAACUCUACAAGGAGGAGGCCUUAGCGGCGAUCGCGUGUUUGGCGCAGAGAGACGGCGGAAAAGACGAACAGUGCCGCUACUACAUCGAGCGGCUGUACGAGCUUGCCAACAAAAAAAAGGCCCCCGAACCCAGCAUGGUCAGUAGGGCGGGCACCCUCGCCUACAAGGUCCUCGGCAUCUACAAGAAAUCCGAGUCAGCGCCCGCUCAAUAA